AUGGACAAGAGUUUGUUAAUAGAAGAGGGAGAGGACAGAGGAGGUGUUGAAAGAUGCGGUUUGUUUGUUGCAGAAGUGAAGAGGUUGGGAUACAUAGCAGGGCCUAUGGUGGCUGUGAAUUUGUCUCAGUACUUUUUGCAAAUCAUUUCGAUCAUGAUGGUGGGUCAUCUGGGUCAGCUCUCUCUUUCCAGCACUGCGAUUGCCAUCUCUUUCUGUGCUGUCUCCGGCUUCAGUCUUCUUUUGUUACUUGUUGUUCUUACCAUAAGAGAGAACAGGCAAUGUAGGAUUAAGAGGAGUGAACCAAAUGUUGUAACUAUUGAAAAGGAUAAAUUUCAUCAUUUGGAGUUUUGCCUUCAAGCAGAAAAGGAUCAAAUUGGGUACCAGUCCUUAAGAACUUAA